AUCAUAGGUCAUAAUAUUGCUAACUUUGGCUGAUUUUGAAAAACCGGAAAUUCAACUGAGCGAAGAGCCGUUUGGGAUCCGAAAGAGCCGGCUGUUAUUGGUGAGCUGAGCCAAAUGAUCUGACUCACUGAAAGGAGCCAGUGCGCAUGAUGGGUUCUUUCAAGUGUAACCCGUGUGAGCACCAGGUAUCGGAUAUGACGCAAUGGAUCUGGACAUCAAAAGGGGAGAACUGCACGGUCCACCCGACGAAUUCAAUGCAUACGUGACAGUAAAAGUCAGGAAUUUAAAGACUACUACAGUACCACUAAGAGGCAAUGAACCAUCUUGGGAACAGAAUUACAUACUUGAAAUUAAUGACCUGGAAAAAAGCAUCUUUGUGGAGGUGUGGGACAAACGACUGAUAUGGGAUGUGCUUCUGGGUUCCGUAUGCAUCCCUUUGAGUGCUGUACAGCAUCGAACUCAGGAAGGGCCAGGACAGUGGUGGCCUUUACACAGUGAUGUCAUCAUGGAGGGGAUUGAGGUUUGUGGUGUUGACAGUCCAGCGCACCACAAGAUUAUGUUAGAUAUCUACGAUGAAAUGCUAACAGAAAUCCCAGAAGAUAAACCCCAGGGGCCAAUGCAGAGGUCUGAAGGCAUACCUGAGGUGGUAUCUGGAGAAGAUGGCCAGCACCCACAGAGCACAAUUACCUCUGACAAUUAUGAAAAUGGCACUGUUGGCUCCUUAGUAUGCUUUGCUGAGGAGAUUCCCACUGAAGACCAGGAUAGUGACUACCAGGUGGACCCCAAGAAUUUACUCAUUGCUGCUGGACUUGGGGAGUCACUUGCACCACCGGGACUCACGGACACAGACAUCACUACCAGGAGUGAAAAGGAAACAGACCUGGACUGUGACCACAAGGGUGAUAGGGAACAGCACUGCUCAGACCUCCCACCUCCGCACCUGAUUGACAGUUUAGUGAACAGCGGGGCCUGUUUGACCACAGCCUGCAGUCAGGUGAUACAUGAUACCGGGCUAUCGGAUGCCUGUGAAAGUAGUGUUCUGCCUGGCUCUGACUUGAACAUGGAGACUAUGACACCAUCCAGCAGCAGCGACCACAGCACAUGGCCUUCUGACUCCACUGUGCCCUGCAGCCAGAGGGAUGACUCCACCUGCUGCAGCCCUGCCUCCUCUGGCUCCAGCCCAACCUCUAGACCUCUGGAGAGAAGCGAGGAGGAUGCUGACUUCAUCAGCCAUGAGGCUCCAAGCCAGGUCAAAGUGGAGAAUGCUGUCACCCUUGCAAACAGUAUUCCAAGAAGAUGGACCACAGUUCUUCAUAGACCUUACUGGCCGACUGAAGGAAUGUCUAUGCCAAACAGGCAUGAGGACAGCACAAGGCCAUGUGUCCCUUGGCAUUAUGUUCACCACCACUACUGCAGUCAGUCCGAUUUGAAUGAAGUUGAAGUUACGUAAAAAUAAAAAUGCCG